GAAGACCAGGCUUUCUCCUCAACGUCGUGGUCAAGCUGCGCAAGCGUGCGUUUGCUCUAGCUCGCCCUGGAAGCCGUACACUGCCAGCCUGCUGGGCAUUGCUGCCUACAGCUGCCCGAAACGAUAGAAAUAAUGAAGACAGCCUUGGCAGUCACACUCCCGCUCUGCACGGCGAUGGCGCCGCGCUUCGUAGAGGCAGGCGAAGCGAUCCGCGCCGCCGGCGCGGCCACGAGCGACGUCGCCGAGAGGCUACCGAAUUGGUACUCGUCCAAACAGGGCCUGACCGAAGAAAACCCCACUGUCUUCGGCAGUGCGGGCCUCGGCCUCGAACAAGCCGGCGACCGGCUCGUCGCGGGAGACGACUGCGUAGCGGACAUCACGUUCGCGGCAUGUGCAUUGGAACCAAUAGAAUUGGACGCAGACUUGCACGACGCCGCGGACGCGUUCCUCGCAAACGACCCUCACGCGGCGGCGGAGUCGUUCGACGCCGCGUCGGCGGCGUUCGACCAAUACGCGGAGCUCCUGAGCCGCGAGGACCACGCCGACACUCAUGAAGGUGCCGGCGCCACGUUAGCCCGAGCGGCAUCCGCGCUGCGGGACGCGGCGAAUGCACUAAGAUGA